ACUAUAUCUUUACAAACGCCGGUAGGACUAUAUCAGAUGAAGAAAUUUCAUCCGGAGCUUACAGGUUUGACUUUCCAAUUCGUUGGCUUCAAAGUCCUUCAGAUGCAAAGGCAAUAG